AAUAAAAUUGUUUAUUUAUAACAAUUUAAAGUUAUUUGGAGUAUAUAGAUAGGAUUAUAAAGAUUGUUUAAGAGUAAAAAAGUGUACAUACUUUCAUGUUUAUGCCAUUACAUGAAUUUUAACUGAUAAUAAGAUUAAUAUAAACAGUCAAAGUUAUAGUAACGAUGGUGUUUGUGUGAACAUAUAUAAAUAUUGUUGAAAAAAUGAGUAGAUGCGAUUUUAAAAUCGUUUUAUUGGGCAGUGAACAUGUUGGAAAGACAAGCUUGGUGCUACGCUUCGUUAAUUGUAGAUUUAACGCGAGUACACCUUAUCAAAACACGAUAGGAGCGGCAUUUUGUGCAAAGACAAUGCAUUCUAAUGGCAAAAACUUCAACGUUGGUAUCUGGGACACUGCUGGUAGUGAGAGAUAUGAAGCGAUGACUAAAAUGUAUUACCGAGGUGCGCAUGCAGCGAUCAUAUGCUAUGAACCAUCUUCUUAUGCCUCCUGGACUCGAUUACGGCAUUGGCUGCAAGAAUUAAGAACUGUGGAAGAAGAUUGCAAAGUAUAUCUAUGUGCGACUAAGAAAGAUCUUCUUGACUCCGGAGUUGUGACACAGGAAGUCCCAGAAGACAUAAUAGCAACAUACUCGCAGGGCUUGUCCGGACAUUUCUGUACAUCAAGUAAAACUGGAGAAAAUGUUGAGGAAUUAUUCCAGAAGAUAGUAGACGAUUGUGCAGAAGAUAGAGAAGUAAUGAAGAACGUAGAAGAAAUGAGAGUGCAGCUCGCGAAAGAAGAAGCGGCUUAUAGAUCUAAGAAUAAAGAAUAUUGUUAUUGCUGAUAUAUCCGACUCGAAGGACCAAGUAAGAUAUCGACAUUUAAUAUUUUUAUAUUAUAGAAAGGAGAACAAAGAAAAAUUAAUGUUUUACGCUUAAAGUUGCUUGUAAUUCGUAUUUUUCUAUUACGAUUUUUUAAGCAAAGUUUUUAAAAUUGCUUUAAUGAAGACAAACUAAAUUUUGCAAUAACCUUAUUUUUAUCCAAUAUGUAAGAGUUAGUGUAAAUAUGUAACGACAUAUUUAUAUAAAAAGGAUAAUGAAAUUUAACGACCAAAUUCUGAAACGAAUUUCAAAUACUUUUCUUUGUAAGUACAGCUUACAAUCAGAUGUGAAUAAGUCGAUGGGAUUUCAAUUUUAAGGCCUCAAUAUUUAAGACAAGGUGUUAAAAAUAUUAAAACGUAGCCUAUAUCACUCAUUGAUAAUAUAGCUUUUUAAUGGUGAAAGAAUUUUUGAAA